GGUAAAGGUUGCAUGAUACAGCCUCUCAAGCAGCUCGAUUCCAUCCCCGAUCCCUUACUACUAAGGACUAGUAGUAGUAGUAGUACUGUUACUAAGGACUAUUUCCCUUGACACUGGCUUCGUGGGAACCUGGAACAGAGAGGAAGGCGCUGGACACCACCGAGCACGCCAAGGGAAGAUGGCUGCCAGGUGGCUUCACUUAGUUUCUCACCACUCCGGAAGACGGGGACCGGCGAUUGGGCGGUGCCCGAGGGCUGCGAGAAGAAGGCCCUCGGCGGUUGGGCAGUGCUGGCUAAGGCUGGUUUUAAAGGAGCCGGAGGUGGGAGCCGUCGAAGACCCGGGAUCCGCGGGAGGCGGCGGCUGCAGCCUGGGAUCCCCCAGGGACUCCCCGGAGCCGCCGCUUUCCCCAUGGACUUGCCCGGGGACUCGAGCCCACCUGGCCGGCCACGUCUGUGCCGCCAGCCCCUGGCUCGAGUACUAUGGGGAGCCAGGAGCCCCAAACGGCCGAGACUGCAGUCUCUGGCGGCCCCUUCACCUUUGGAAAAGGCCUCUCGGAGGGUCCUGGCUGUGGUGCUGGAAGAUGUUAUGACUGCCCACAUGGUUCCCCUGGUGCCCCAAGAAGAGACUACCACCCUACGGCACCGCAGCAACCAGCGGGAUUCUAUCCAAAGCCAGCCACCUGCUUCACCACCCCAACAGGCCACAUGGUCCUCACAGACCAGGUCUCCUGACCCACUGCACUUAUGUCGAGAGCCCUUGAGCCGCAUCCACCGGCCUUCUACUCUGAAGCGGCGAUCAAGGACAACCCAUGGCCCAGAGGAGGGCCCUUCAGAAAAGGAGGACUGGGUCCCCCAGCCCACUCUGGUGGUGAUGCUAGAAGACAUUGCUAGCCCAAGACCCCUGGCUGAGGGCUUUGCUGACAAGACUCCCAACUUCAUCAUCCCAGCGAGAAGAGCCGAGUCCAUGACGAUUGUUCACCAGUCAGUGCCUCCGUCCAGGGACCUGGAUCCCCCAUUCCAGCCAUCUGCCCUGCCUGAAGGCCCUCCGGAGAGCCCACCACCAGCCCCAGAUCCUGUACUGGAGCCCCCAUCGAUCCCACCGCCGUCCAGCCUUUUACGCCCCCGCCUCAGUCCCUGGGGCUUGGCCCCCCUCUUCCGUUCUGUCCGCUCCAAGCUGGAGAGCUUUGCUGACAUCUUCCUCACGCCCAACAAAGCCCCACGGCCCCCACCCCCAUCACCCCCCAUGAAGUUGGAGUUGAAGAUUGCCAUCUCAGAGGCUGAGCAGUCUGGGGCCACUGAGGACACUGCGUCUGUCAGUCCCCGGCCCCCUAUCCACCAGUGGCGGGCCCAAGACCACAGUCCCCCAGCACCUCUCUCUAAGCCCUCUCUGGGCCGAAGCCACUCCUGCCCUGAUCUGGGGCCCCCUGGCCCAGACACCUGCAGCUGGCCCCCCACUCCACACCACCCAAGCCGGUUACGGCCCCGGCGGCACACUGUGGGUGGUGGAGAGAUGGCCCGAGCCCCACCACCCCCUCGGCCCUGUCUCCGGAAAGAGGUCUUCCCUCUUGGAGGAGUGGGAGUCUCUCCUCCCCUCAUCACAUCUUGCUCAUCCACUGCGUCUACUUCCUCCUUCUCUGAACCUGCAGAACCCAGGUUGAGCUCAACCAAGGGGAAGGAGCCAAGGGCCUCAGAGGACCAGGUGCUUUCAGACCCUGAGACCAAGACCAUGGGAAAAGUUUCUCAAUUCAGAAUACGCAGGACACCAGCCCGUCCUCAGCUAAACCUUACACCAAUGGGGCUGCCUCGACCAAUCAGGUUGAACAAGAAGGAGUUCAGCUUAGAAGAAAUUUAUACCAACAAGAAUUACCAGUCACCUACAACCAGGAGGACCUUUGAGACCAUCUUUGAGGAACCCCGGGAGCGCAACGGGACUUUGAUUUUCACCAGCUCAAAGAAGCUUCGGCGGGCUGUAGAAUUUCGGGACAGUAGCCUUCCUCGAUCCCGGCGGCCAUCUCGUGGGGUCCGGGCGACAGCUGGCAGGACCCUUACCUCCAGCCUGGCCCCCAGCCCAGAUGUGGGACCUCUGCUGCAGCAGCGGUUGGAGGAGCUGGAUGCCUCACUCCUGGAGGAGGAGGAAGUGGAUAGGGAACUGCCCCAUCGGACCUAGGAGCUCCAUUUGUCUAUCCAUCCUGAAGCAUCUGAGGCAGUUAUAUAUUUUUCUCUAUAUUUCUAGUAAAGUUUUCAAUAUGUUUCUGA